UGCCUCCAUCCCCAGCUCCCACCCUAAGCCUCUCAUCGGCCCCCUUCCCUCUGGCUGGAGCCUGAGUUCCCGGCCGGCUGUGCCCUGCCGAGCCGCUGGUGCCUCCAGGAAGAUGGCUGUGGCACUCCAGUACUUGUGGCCUCUCCUCCUGUGCAGCCCCGGCCUGCUCAUACAGAUCCCUGAAGAAUAUGAAGGGCACCAUGUGAUGGAGCCGCCUGUCAUCACGGAGCAGUCUCCACGGCGCCUGGUUGUCUUCCCCACAGAUGACAUCAGCCUCAAGUGCGAGGCCAGCGGCAAACCCGAAGUGCAGUUCCGCUGGACUCGGGACGGCGUCCACUUCAGGCCCAGCGAGGAGCUGGGCGUCACCGCGCAGCAGGCGCCUCACUCCGGCUCCUUCACCAUCACCGGCAACAACAGCAACUUUGCCCAGAGGUUCCAGGGCACCUAUCGCUGCUUUGCCAGCAACAGCCUGGGCACCGCCAUGUCCCACGAGAUCCAGCUCAUGGCUGAGGGUGCCCCCAAGUGGCCAAAGGAGAUGGUGAAGCCGGUGGAGGUGGAGGAAGGGGAGUCGGUGGUCCUGCCCUGCCACCCCCCGCCCAGUGCCGAGCCGCUUCGGAUCUACUGGAUGAACAGCAAGAUCCUACACAUCAAGCAGGAUGAGCGGGUGACCAUGGGCCAGAAUGGCAAUCUCUACUUCGCCAACGUGCUCACCUCAGACAACCACUCGGACUACAUCUGCCACGCCCACUUCCCCGGCACCCGGACCAUCAUUCAAAAGGAGCCCAUCGACCUGCGGGUGAAGGCCACCAACAGCAUGAUCGACAGGAAGCCACGCCUGCUCUUCCCCACCAACUCCAGCAGCCGCCUCGUGGCCCUGCAGGGACAGCCGCUGGUCCUGGAGUGCAUUGCCGAGGGCUUCCCCACGCCCACCAUCAAGUGGCUGCGUCUGAGCGUCCCCAUGCCAGCCGACCGGGUCACUUACCAGAACCACAACAAGACGCUGCACCUGCUGAACGUGGGCGAGGAGGACUACGGCGAGUACCUCUGCCUGGCCGAGAACUCGCUGGGCAGUGCCCGGCACACCUACGACGUCACCGUGGAGGCCGCUCCAUAUUGGCUCCGCAAACCCCAGAGCCGCUUGUACGGGCCAGGAGAGACGGCCCGCCUGGACUGCCAGGUUCAAGGCAGGCCGCAACCUGAGGUCACCUGGAGAAUCAACGGGAUCCCCGUGCAGGAACUGACCAAGGACCAGAAAUACCGGAUUCAGCCCGGAUCCCUGAUACUGAGCAACGUGCAGCCCAGUGACACGAUGGUGACCCAGUGCGAGGCGCGGAACCGGCACGGCGUCCUACUGGCCAACGCCUAUAUCUACGUGGUCCAGCUGCCGACCAAAAUCUUGACCCCAGACAACAAGACAUACAUGGCAGUGGAGGGCAGCACCGCCUACCUUCUGUGCAAGGCCUUUGGCGCCCCGGUGCCCAGCGUCCAGUGGCUGGACCAGGAAGGCAAGACGGUGCUGCAGGACGAGCGCUUCUUCCCCUACACCAACGGAACCCUGGGCAUCCGGGACCUGCAGGCCAACGACACCGGGCACUACUUCUGCCAGGCCGCUAAUGACCAAAACAACGUGACCAUUGCGGCUAACCUACAGGUCAAAGAUGCCACUCGGAUCACACAGGGGCCCCGGAGCGCCAUCGGGAAGAAAGGCUCAAGGGUGACAUUCACGUGCCAGGCCUCCUUUGACCCCUCCCUGCAGCGCCGCAUCAGCUGGCGUGGUGAUGGCCGAGCCCUGCAGGAGCUGGGGGACAGUGACAAGUACUUCAUAGAGGAUGGGCGCCUGGUCAUCCACAGUCUGGACUAUGGUGACCAGGGCAAUUACAGCUGUGUGGCCAGCACCCAGCUGGACACGGUGGAGAGCAGGGCCGAGCUCCUGGUGGUCGGGAGCCCCGGGCCCGUGCCCCAUCUGGAGCUGUCUGAUCGUCACCUGCUGAAGCAGAACCAGGUGCGCCUGUCCUGGAGCCCUGCUGAUGACCACAACGCCCCCAUCGAGAAGUAUGACAUUGAAUUUGAAGACAAGGAAAUGGCCCCUGAGAAACUGCACAGCCUGGGCAAGGUGCCCGGGAACCAGACGUCCACCGUCGUCAAGCUGUCGCCCUAUGUCCACUACACGUUUAGAGUUACCGCCAUCAACAAGUAUGGCGCCGGAGACCCCAGCCCGCCCUCCGAGACUGUGGUCACGCCCGAGGCUGCACCGGAGAAGAACCCCGUGGACGUGAAGGGGGAGGGCAACGAGACUGACAACAUGGUCAUCACGUGGAAGCCACUCAGGUGGAUGGACUGGAACGCGCCGGAGAUUCAGUACCGGGUCCAGUGGCGCCCUCAGGGCUCGCCCGGUAGCUGGCAGGAGAAGACUGUGAGCGAGCCCUUCCUGGUUGUGGCCAACACGUCCACCUUCGUGCCCUACGAGAUCAAGGUGCAAGCUGUCAACAGCCAGGGCAAGGGCCCGGAGCCCUCCGUCACUGUGGGCUACUCAGGGGAGGACUACCCGCAGGCAAGCCCCGAGCUGGGAGAUGUGCUGGUGCUCAACGCCAGCGCCGUGCUGGUCAGCUGGCAGCCCCUGGAGCCCGCCCAAGUCAGGGGCCACCUCCGCGGGUACAACGUGACGUACGCGUGGCAGGGCAGCCGGAGGAAGCACAGCAAGAGGCAUGUACACCGAGGGCACGUAACGGUGCCCGCCAGCGCCACCAGUGCCGUCCUCAGAGGCCUGCGGCCCUACAGCUCCUACCAUCUGGAGGUGCAAGCCUUUAACGGCCGGGGCUUGGGGCCCGCCAGCAAUAAGACCUUUGACACCCCAGAGGGAGUGCCUGGCCGCCCUGAGGCGCUGCAGCUGGAGUGCCAGUCAGACACCAGCCUGCUGCUGCACUGGCUGCCCCCACGCAGCCACAACGGCGUGCUCACCGGCUACGUGCUCACCUACCAGCCCUUGGACGACGGGAGCGAGCAGCAGCUGUCCUUCCACCUGCCCAACCCGGAGCUGCGGAUGCACAACCUGACCAACCUGAACCCGCGCAUGCGCUACCGUUUCCAGCUGCAGGCCACCACCAGGGAGGGCCCGGGCGAGCCCGUGGUGCGGGAGGGUGGCACCAUGGCGCUAGCUGGGACCCCAGAUCUUGGCAACAUCUCCGUCACGACGGGCGAGAACUACAGCGUGGUCUCCUGGGUUCCUAAGGAAGGCCAGUGCAACUUUGGGUUCCAGAUCAGGUUCAAAGCCUUCCAGGACGAGAAGCUGGGCCCUCACAUCGCGCCGCAGUACGUCAGCUACAACCAGAGCUCCUACACGCAGUGGGACCUGCAGCCGGACACCAAAUACACGAUCCUCCUGCUCAAGGAGAGCGCACUCCUGCGGGAAAUCGUCGUGAAGACCAAUGGCACCGGCCGGGUGCUGCUCCGGCCGGCUGGCUUUGCCACCGAGGCCUGGUUCAUCGGCUUCGUUAGCGCCGUGGUUCUCCUGCUCCUCGUCUUGCUUGUCCUCUGCUUCAUCAAGCACAGCAAGGGCGGCAAGUACUCAGUGAAGGACAAGGAGGACACCCAGGUGGACUCCGAGGCCCGGCCCAUGAAGGACGAGACUUUCGGCGAGUACAGGUCCCUGGAGAGCGACAACGAGGAAAAGGCCUUUGGCAGCAGCCAACCCUCCCUCAACGGGGACAUAAAGCCCCUGGGCAGUGAUGACAGCCUGGCCGACUACGGGGGCAGCGUGGACGUGCAGUUCAACGAGGACGGCUCCUUCAUCGGCCAGUACAGCGGCAAGAAGGAGAAGGGGGCGGCCGGGGGCAACGACAGCUCAGGGGCCGCCUCCCCCACCAACCCCGCCGCGGCCCUGGAGUAGCCGCCCGCGCUGGGAGGCCGCAGCCCGGCCGGCCCCGUGCCGGCCCCUGGCCUGGGACUGGGGCCCUCCCCCCCCACCCAGCCUCCGCCUGCCCCUGGCCCUGCGCCCGUGGGGGCUUGGGUCAGGGCACAGAAGAGGACCUCACUGCCUCGAAUCCCCGUCUGGCUCCCCGAUCCCCACUCGAUUGCCAAAACCCAGCUGUACCCCAUCCUUGGGCACACUCUGCUUUGCUCCAGCUCGGGGCCCCUCACACACAUCAGGAGCCUAAAGGUGCUGCCGCGCCAGCCUUUGUGCAGACGCUGCGGUGGAGGGCAGGGGGAGGGGCGCCUCAGGGGUCUCCUGGGGGCCAGGGUGGCACCUCUACCUCCAGCCCGCCGGCCAGCCUGGCUGGGACCCAGCUCUGCGCCCCCAUCACCUGCUCGCUUUCCGCCAGCGGGCGCGGAGCAGGCUGUCUGCCGGGCCCUCACCUCAGUCUGCGCCUCGUGGCCGGCUGUCAGGGGCUCCACACACACGCUGCCUUUGGUACCCACUGGACAACAUCCAAGUGGUCUCCAUCACUGCUGGGCACAGGCGGCACCCUCACCGCCACGCCCAGCCUCUCCAGCUGCCACUGACCCCGAGGCCCCGCGGCCUCACCACACUCCUGCCCCGAUGGCUCCCCUCAGCCUGCCCUCCCCGCGCCUCGGGAAUGUAAAUACACCGUGACUUUGAACGUUUGUCCCCGCCCCGCCCCGUGUGCCACUAGUGUGUAGGCGGAUGUCCGAGUCUAGGUGGUUUCUAGGUUUUAUAGCAGUUAGCGUUGCUGAUCCCACCCCAGGAAAAAGAAAAGCCGAUUCAGAAAGGGAAGAAAGGCUCUUCCCAGCCCGCGGUGCGCCCGGCAGUCCGUGUACAUAAACAGCAGUCCAGCAGGCGAAUAAAAACCUGGAAACAACCGC